AUGAUUGUGAGGAGUCUACAUAGAUCUUCUUGCUUGAGUGCAAGAGCUUCAUUCCGGCUCCACCCAUGGAUCCAACCCACCCUUGGAUUGAGGGUCUUCACCAGCACAAGUCGCUUCCGCAAAGAUGAGGGAAAACAAACGACGAUACCGAGUCAAGCUCUGAGAGAACCAAGAGCCGCAGAUAAUAUCCCUGGUAAGAUACCAGAAACAGCGAAGAAGGCAGCACCUGCCUUCACUACCACAGCACGAAAGGAUCCUCUGGCUCUGGAUGACAAGACGAACAAGGAGCAGCGGAAGGCUGACUGGGCUAUCAUGAAGGAGAUGGCGAAGUACUUGUGGCCAAAGGACAGUCUGGGGACAAGAUUCCGGGUGGGAUUGUCAUUGGGCCUGCUCGUCGGAGCCAAAGUACUGAAUGUCCAAGUGCCGUUCUACUUCAAGAGCAUUGUUGAUUCAAUGAAUAUCGAUUUUGUGGCUGUGGGAGGCACGGCUACCACAGUCGCUGGGUCUAUGAUCUUGGCAUAUGGACUCACUAGGAUUGGGGCAACUGUUUUUUCAGAAUUGAGGAAUGCGGUCUUUGCUAGUGUUGCUCAGAAGGCCAUUCGGAGGGUGGCUUGCAAUGUGUUUGAUCAUCUGUUGAGGUUGGAUCUAAAUUUCCAUCUCACGAAACAGACGGGAGGUCUAACGAGAGCUAUUGAUCGAGGUACCAAAGGCAUCAGUUUCCUGUUGACUUCCAUGGUCUUUCACGUCUUACCGACAGCUCUGGAAAUAUCGAUGGUCUGCGGCCUCUUGACAUAUCACUAUGGAGCGAAAUUCGCUGCUAUUACAGCAUUGACCAUGGUGGGGUAUACCGCAUUUACGAUCUGGACAACAGCAUGGAGAACCAAGUUUCGAAGAGCAGCCAAUGCAGCAGACAACAAAGGAUCCACUGUUGCAGUCGACUCGUUGAUCAACUAUGAGGCCGUCAAAUACUUCAAUAAUGAGAAGUAUGAGGUUGCAAGAUACGAUCAGGCGUUGAAAGCUUAUGAGAAGUCCUCAAUCAAGGUCGCGACCUCGUUAGCUUUCCUCAACAGUGGUCAAAACCUGAUAUUCUCUAGCGCCUUGACGGCAAUGAUGUAUCUGGCUGCUGAUGGUGUUGCCAGUGGGAACCUGACAGUUGGGGACCUUGUCAUGGUCAAUCAACUUGUGUUCCAACUCUCUCUCCCGUUGAACUUCUUGGGUUCCGUCUAUCGAGAGCUUCGACAAUCUCUUCUGGACAUGGAGACGCUCUUCAACCUUCAAAAGGUCAAUGUGGCGAUCAAGGAUGUUCCGAAUGCGAAGCCAUUACAGCUCACCAAAGGUGGAGAGAUCAAAUUCGAGAACGUGACGUUCGGAUAUCACACAGACCGUCCAAUCCUCAAGAAUCUCACUCUUACUAUCCCAGCUGGGAAGAAGAUUGCCGUUGUUGGGCCCAGUGGAUGCGGGAAGUCCACCAUCCUGCGACUUCUGUUCCGUUUCUAUGAUGUUCAAGAAGGAAGGAUUCUCAUCGAUGACCAGGACAUCCGUCAAAUUAGCUUGGAAUCGCUGAGAAAGGCUAUUGGUGUCGUUCCUCAGGAUACUCCCUUGUUCAACGAUACCAUUGAACACAAUAUUCGAUAUGGUGAUAUGAGUGCUUCUCCUGAGCAGGUCCAAGCUGCUGCUCAAAGAGCGCAGAUACACAACAUUGUCUCUGGAUUCCCAGAUGGUUACAAGACAAUGGUAGGAGAACGAGGCAUGAUGAUCUCGGGUGGAGAGAAGCAACGUCUAGCAGUCUCGAGAUUGAUCUUGAAGGAUCCACCAUUGCUGUUCUUCGAUGAGGCUACUUCGGCGCUGGAUACCCACACAGAGCAGGCUCUGAUGCAAAACAUCAACAGCAUCUUAAGAGAGAAGGCAAGAACAAGUGUGUUUGUUGCUCAUCGGUUGAGGACUAUCUAUGACAGCGAUAAGAUCAUUGUCCUCAAGGAAGGACAAGUUGCCGAAAGCGGCACACAUCGCGAGCUCAUCGAUACUGGCGGGCUAUAUUCUGAGCUCUGGAGUGCGCAAGAGACUUUGUUCAAUGAAGAGGGCGAGGUGGAACGUGAGGUUGAUAUCGAUGAUGUCGAUAUGGAGGAGAGAGAAAACAGGCCAAGAUCAUGA